GAGAACGUAGUCAAGUGACGGCAAGGGGGGGUCGAGAAGGACUGGCGCCUGGGGUGCCUCGCCUGCCUUCGUAGGCGCGGCCACAGUAGGUUCCGCCUGAUGCUGACGUACGUCGACGGCCACCUUGCCAGCCCGUCCAAUUGCGAGCUGCGCAGCCAACGGUGGUAGGGAUGCGAACGGCGGUGACGCGCAUGACGAGCUUCCACCACAAGCGGCUCCGGGGAGCCUCGGGAACCUCGAGCAAGCUGCGAGGCGAGGCAGUCAGUCGCUCUCAGCUACGACAUGCAUAACGCAUGAGAGCCCGAGCGAGAUCUUUCUAACCCGUCUCUCCUCCGUCGCCAUACACACAUACACAUACACAACACACUCACAUACACACACACAUACUCUCUCUCGCUCUCUCUCUCUCUUUCUCUCUCUCUCUGUUUUUUCCUUGUACUCUCUCACCCACACGCUCUUUCACGCAUACACGUAUACCGUAUGUAUACGCACACGUACACUCACGUAAAGAGAGGGACAUCUACCACCAGAAGGAACAUACACGCACGACAUCAUAUACCUAUUCUACUCCCGCCGAGUCGAGUCUCUUCCGUUUCGCGAUUACCGUCGUACGUCCCUUUACGCCGAGCCGGUCGGUCGGUCGCUCGCUGCUCGGUCGUCGGUCUACGGUGGCAACCCCUGAGUGCAGUCGCGUCGUGCAUCGUUGUCGUCGGUACGCGUCCACCACGUCGAGGCUACAGACACGACGCCAGUGCGGAGUAAUCCUCGCAUCGCUGUGGACAUCGCCGUCGCCGUCUUCACCGUCGUCGUCACCAUCGUCGUCGUCGUCGUCGUCGUCGCCGAGACAAGAUUAGUGAUUACUCGACAAGUUGGAAUCCCCACCAGGGAUGUGUGACCUCGGCUGAAUCGAUAUCCUCGUCGCGAGUGACUUCCCGACUCGACUCGAGGGUUGGCCAGUACAUAGCCGGGAAGCGAGCUUUCGUUUCACGUGUAAUUUUCGUGUGGGAACGAGUAACCGAUAAGUAACCGACAGGGAGAGAGCGAGAGAAGGAACCAAAUUUCGGAGCGCCACGACAGCGCGGUGCUCAGAUCUGGAAACGCGCUUUUCCUCCGCGGGGACCCACCCCGUCGGAGUGAACGAGAGAGUGACGGUACAUCGACAAUCUCUUCUCGCCACGGACUCGUCGAUGUUUCCGUAUUGUUGCAUACAUGACACUCUUGAGAAAUUAUGGACGAAAGUUUGUCGAGAACGACGACCAGCCUCGUCUGGUCCCCGGUGUGUCGACGUGAAUUGUGGAUUGUGCAACGAGUGAUUAGUGAUUGCUGAGAGAUUUGCUUUUCGAGGAUCAUCGGGAUCGUGCGGUGACUGGACGAGUUGACAACAGCUCCAUCUGAGGUCCUGCGACAAAAUUUGACUCGAUAAUUUGGUCUCGUGGAAUCUUCACCGAGUUGUAAAAUCGGAAUUUUCCAUCUGUCAACGAAAAUCAAGAGUUGACCGAGGAGCGUUCGCGAGAAAGUACCCGUGGACGCGUUCCACGGUGAAGAACCACACUGAGAGGGUUUGGCGAAGCCUCUCGACGAGGGAGAAGUAGAUGGCAGCUACCACGUACAUGCCGGUUAGUAGCGCAGUGUCUACCGACCUGGAUGGUGGUUCGGGUACAAUCGGGAUGAACAUCGCCGUGGGUGGCUAUUCCUCGGGCUCGCCCCGUAGCGCCGCCGACGCUGGCGAGAUGAAGUACAUGCCGGCACCGCAGCAUCAUCACCAUCAUCAUCAUCAUCAUCAGAUGACGUCCUCGCCGUCACCGAACGGACUGUCCCAUCCGGCGAGCCUCUCGUCGGCGAAUCCCUGGGUGAGCCUGCAGCCCGGCAGUGAUCCCUGGGCGGCCUCGAUGGGCAUGCACCAUACCAGCCAUCAUCCCCAUCAUCAUCCCCAUCAGGCAAAUGCGAGCCUCGAUGUGAAGCCGUUGACCGCGGCUGCGGCGACCACGACGGACCAGGGUAUGCACCAUCGGGGCCCGCACCAGUCCCCGGGCAUGGCCUCGCCGCACUCCUGGCACGCACCGGUCGUCCCGUCGGCGCACUACAACCCGAGCGGUGGCGCGGCCUCGCCAACCACCCUCCAACAGUAUCACGCAGCGAUGAACGGCAUGCUGCAUCAGCAUCCGCAUCAGCAUCCACAUCAGCUGCACAACCAUCAGACUGGUCUACCUCACCACUUGAGGGACGCGCACAAUCACAGUCCACCGUCGGGGCAUCCUCUGCACGCGGGCCAUCCUCUCGACAGGGAUCACAGCGCCGGCGAGGAGGACACACCAACGUCGGACGACCUUGAGGCCUUCGCCAAGCAGUUCAAGCAACGGCGCAUCAAGCUCGGCUUCACCCAGGCGGACGUCGGUCUCGCGCUCGGUACUCUGUACGGCAACGUCUUCUCGCAGACGACAAUAUGCAGGUUCGAGGCUCUACAGCUGAGCUUCAAAAAUAUGUGCAAACUGAAGCCGCUGCUGCAGAAGUGGCUCGAGGAGGCGGACUCGACAACCGGCUCGCCGACGAGCAUCGACAAGAUCGCCGCCCAGGGUAGAAAGCGAAAGAAGAGGACGUCGAUCGAGGUGUCGGUCAAGGGUGCGCUCGAGCAACAUUUCCACAAGCAGCCAAAGCCGUCGGCCCAGGAGAUCACCUCACUCGCGGACUCGUUGCAGCUCGAAAAGGAAGUGGUUAGGGUGUGGUUCUGCAAUCGGCGGCAAAAGGAAAAGAGGAUGACGCCGCCCAAUACACUCGGCGACGGCAUAAUGGAGGGUAUGCCGCCGGGCCACCAGGGCCAGGGCGGUCUCCAUCAGGGUUAUCAUCCGCAGGAUCACCUGCACGGCUCGCCCAUGGGCCACAGCCACAGUCCACCGAUGCUCAGCCCUCAGGCCCUCACGGCCCACUCGCUCGCGGCUCACUAGCGUUCGCCGGGGCCUCCCCCGUUGGGCCUCGCGGUAACCUCGCAGAACUCGGCGAACGUGUCGUCGACGGCAGAGACGACGACCCUGCCGCCAUUCUAUCAUCACUACCUUCAGGCACGCACCGGCAGUUACACGACCUCGUAGCUGACCGACUCGCGGCGCCCUUUCUAUCUAUCAGACGGCGGCGCUCGUUACCGAGACGAGGGUACGGAAUGGUGGCUCGUUCGACGAGAUUCAACGGGGUUUAACGAGGCCGAGACCGGUCCACCGGGGAGGCUGAGAAGCUGACGCGCACGGUCGGUGAUUUUUUGUCGACCUUGACCGCGCACCUAGACCCGGAGAGAGGAUGAAAGCUGCGAACGGAACAGACGGAAUAAGAAAAAUUCGGAGUAAGGGGCGCGCGUUGCCGUGACUGCGCGCCCGUCGGCGAACAUCGUGACUGUUCUUCGCCCAACUUCUUCAAGAUACCUUCGUCGCCGGAGAAGGUAUCCAUCCUCAUCGUCAUCGCCAUCGUCAUCUUGCCGUUGUUCACGCGGCUCCAGCUAUGUUUCCUCCAUCGACGAUGUUCCGGUGACAAGUGAAACGUCUUCAUCGUGUUUUUCGCGACGCGACGCAAGAGGAGACCCAGUGGCGUUCUCUCGAAGGGUACCAUUGACGGACGUAGUGAUAACGUUCCUCCUUCGCGCGGUCAAGUUGGCGCCCGUUCGUCCGUUCGUCGAGUCCGAACUGGAUCGCGGACCUUGUUGGCUGUUUGCUGUUGUUAUUGUUGUUGUUUCAUCGUCGCCGGUGAGCGGAAGUGGUUAACUCGGCGGUCUCCGACGGGGACUCGAGAAAGGAUGGUUCGAUAACACAAGGUGCGUGGACGCGAGUUGGACUCGGGCGAGGGUGCGGUUUAAAAGAACGGAGAGGUGUUCGCUCUCCCUCUCUCUUUCUCUCUCUCUCGCCCGCAGACAAAGCGGGAAUAUAUCGGACACGAAACACGGAUCGCAAGGGUGUCUUUUCGGGCGCGUGCGAUUCUCCCUUUAUCUCCCGCGGGGUCCAAAAUUCGCGACGGACGAACGGGCGUCAAGAAAAAAAAAACAUACGUAAGGAGCGAGUGCUGUGUUCGCGCGGGAUUUGCUCGGAGCAAACCCGGCGGAUGAUGUAACAUAAGUAAAUAUGGACUGUAAAUAAUGUACUAGAUAAAGCUAGUAAGUUAAGUGAGAGAGAGCAUGAGAAUCGUCAUCGUCGUCGUCGUCGACAACGAGCGGGAAAAAGCAGACGCGGGAGCUGGAAUACACGGAGGAAGGAGAUAUAAAGAGAAAUGAGAGGAGGGAGAGAUACAAGGAAUAUGCAGCGCGACAGAAAAGGAAAUAAGAGGGACAGAUUUAUAUAUAUAUACAUAUAUAUAUAAAGAGACAAGGUGCACAUCGAAGAGAGACCGCGUAUUGGAAAAGCGCGUGCGAAAUCCUAGCGAGACAGCAAGACAGUUCCCCCCUCACGCGAAAAACCCCUUCUGUAUAAAGAUUUCCUGCCCUUGGAUCGCCGAUCGUCCCGCGGACCCAUUUUUGGAUCCACCGAACUCGAUGAUCGGUUCACCAGCCCGGCCGCCGCAGCCGCCGCAGCCACCGCCGCUCUGCCGGACUUAGUCGGGGCCCCCGAAGGAGUAUCCAGUCGUCAAGGAUCGGUCAUCAGGACUUUCGGGACGUCCGGGACAAGUCGUCCGUCGAUCGCGCGCAGUCAGGACACUUGGGCGGGCCUAAAUAUCGUCGGAUUUGAGCUUACAGAGUUGUCUCGCAUCGUCCUCCUGCAAGCAAUCGUUCCAGAAUCCAGUCCCAGCCAGGCAUCGUGUCAGUGUGUGGAAAUACAUAAUUAUAUAGAAUUACGGUAUAAGUUGUGUUAAAUCAAUGUUAAUCGCUGUAGCGAAGUGGGGUAUUAUAAUAAAUACAUUAUUUUAUGUAUA